AAUCCCUUAUUUCUAAUCACCAAAUUAAAAAGUCACAAUUUCAUUUCUUCCAGGUUUUUUUUGCAAAAAGUGGUUUCUAGGCAGAAAUAAAAUUGGUCAGUCUUUUCUUUAAUCAAAGCUGUCAGUUUCAUCAUUUCUGUCAAUUCCAUCGGUUUAGCUAUCCAUUCUUCCAUUGUAGGUAUCUGUAAGUCCUUCUACCUUUGUGCAUAUAGGAGUCUUGCCACUGUUAUAUAUAAAAACAAAAUUCCAUAAGAUCUUUCUAUCCAUUAACCCCAAAAGGAAAAAUCUCUAGCUUCAAUUGUAUGUUUAUUUUUAAAAUCUUCUGACUCAAAAUACAUAUUUGAUCCAAAUAUUUUGUCGCUUUCUUAAUGUUGUUUGGGGAUGAAAUAUGAAUUAUUUUAUUUUUUGCUAGCUGAGCCCUUACAGAUGUCUUUCUUUGAAAUGGUAGAAACUGCUGCCAGAUGCCAACACAGUUGUGUUUCACACCUAAAGGAUGGCAAAAAGUCAUACUAUAGAUACUGAAGUAAUGGAAACAUUAAAUAACACAGUAGGUUUUACUUCUGAGUAAAUUUACAGAAUCACAAUUGUCCUGGCAAACGCUUACUCACAUAAACAAAAAUACCUCUUCAAAAUCCCAUAGUAAAUAAUAAUGCCACAAAUUGCUUAGUCUUUGUGUGGUUGCUGAAAUAGGUACAGAAGGCAAAAUGUUAAAUCAAUUUAGAUAAAAGAUUACUGCUUCUUCCAUUGAGUUUAAUAUUAACUUGGACAUUUCCGCAAUAGCAGGAAGAGAGACUCAGCAAAUUCUAAAGGCCUAUUUUAAAAAGCCCUGUAAAAUUCUGUAAGGAAGAAAAUGAAGAUUUCAGUUUUCAUAAUUGAUGCCUUUACCAAACAGCCCUUUGGUGGGAAUCCUGCUGCUGUUUGUCUUCUUGAAGAUGAGCUGGAAGAAGGUUUGCAUCAAAAAAUUGCUGCAGAAAUGAACCUCUCAGAAACAGCAUUCAUCAGAAAACUGCACCCCACAGAUGACUUCACCAAAAGUUCGUGUUUUGGAUUAAGAUGGUUUACACCUACAAAUGAAGUCCCUCUGUGUGGCCAUGCCACUCUUGCAUCUGCUGCUGUAUUAUUCCAUAAAAAAAACAUGAACCCCGCCCUCACUUUCCUAACUCUUAGUGGAGAAUUAAAGGCCAGACAAGCGGGAGAUGAGAUUAUCUUGGAUCUGCCACUUUACUUCACUUAUCCACAGGAUUUCCAGGAAGUAGAAGAGUUGGUAAAGGCAGCAGUGGGGGAUAUGAACGUUCAAGAGGUCCGUUAUUCUCCUGACACAAAAAAGCUACUUAUCUGUCUCAGUGAGGUGUAUGAAAGGUAUGAUUUGGAGAAAUUAAAAGUGGAUGCCCAACGUCUUUUGUUGGCCGACAAGACUGGAAAAGUCAAAGGUGUAAUAAUCACAGUUAAAGGAGAUUCUCAUAAAAAUCAUGAAAGCUAUGAUUUUUACUCUCGUUAUUUUGCACCAUGGAAUGGCGUUUCUGAAGAUCCUGUCACAGGAUCUGCUCAUGCUGUAUUAAGCAGCUACUGGUCACAACAACUGGGAAAAAACAAACUAUGCGCAUUUCAGUGCUCCAGACGUGGGGGAGAGUUGAAGCUUCUGCUACGCCAAGAUGGAAGAUUAGACAUUGGUGGACAAGCUUCCUUUGUGUUAGAGGGUUUUUUGUCUCUUUGA